UAUCGGAAUCGGACGGAUCCAGGCGAGCCGUGAAAAGUUGCGCGGGAAAUCGCUAUUAAGAACCGACCGAAGGGAAGACGGAGAACGAAGGCUGAGAAAGAACGGGAGGAGCGAAAUGGGAGAAGAGGACACGAAUCCGCGGCCGCGUCGCGACUUCCCGGCCUUCCCUUUCGAGCCCUAUCCCAUCCAAACCGAGUUCAUGAGCUUUCUCUACAGCUUCCUCGACAAAGGCGGCGGCGUCGCUAUGCUCGAGAGCCCCACCGGAACCGGUAAAACCCUAAGCCUCAUUUGUAGCGCUAUGCAAUGGGUCGUCGACCAUAAGGAAAAGAAACAGCUACUGAAGUCUAUGAAGACGGAUGCGAAACUGGGCGAAGCCAACGAUGAUGGAAAUUGCGACGAGCCCCAGUGGAUGAGGGACUUUGAUAUCACAGAUGUAGAAAAGAAAGAGGUUCCCAGAAAAAGAAGUGAGUUUGGGGUUGGAGAUUUUGACAAGAAGCGCUCUGGAGCAAAAUCAGCAAAUGUGGAAAAGAUGGGUGUGCAGUCAUUGGACGACGAAGAGGAUUUUUUGUUGGAGGAAUAUAUAAGUGAAGAUGAAAGCACGGAGGGCGGCUUUGAAAAAUCAAAGAGGAAGAGGGAUGCUGAUUCUAAUUGGAGCAGCAGCAGUGAUGAGGAGGAAGAUGAGGAAGUGACACCUAAGGUAUAUUUUUGUAGCAGGACACAUUCACAGCUGUCACAGUUUGUGGAUGAAUUCAGAAGGACGAGGUUUGCUUUGGCUCUCAAAGUUACAUGUUUAGGUUCAAGGAAGAACUUAUGUAUUAAUUCAGAUGUUUUAAAGCUUAGGAACCCAAGCCGGAUUAAUGAGAGAUGCUUGGAGCUGCAAAAGAAUCAGAAGGAUGCGAAACUCAAGGUUUUGGAUGACAAGGGGAAGAUGCGACGUUCAAAGGGCACAUCUGGUUGUCCAAUGUUACGGCAACAGAAGUUGCAAAAACUAUUCAAGAAUGAAGUGUGGAGCACAGAUGCAAUGGACAUUGAGGAUCUUGUUCAGCUAGGAAGUAAAAUUGGUACAUGCCCUUACUAUGGUGCCCGCAACAUGGUUCCUUCAUCUGACAUAAUUGUGCUUCCUUACCAAUCCUUAUUUUUGAGGUCGGCACGUGAGUCAUUAAGUAUAAAUUUGAAGAAAAGUAUAAUAAUUAUUGAUGAAGCCCACAACUUAGCAGAUUCUCUAACCAACAUGUACAAUGCAAAGAUCAGUGAGACACAGUUGAAGCGAAUACUAGACGUCCUCGAGUUUUAUAUCAACAAAUUUCGUAGUUGCCUGGGUCCAGGAAAUCGCCGUUACAUCCAGACCCUUAUAGUGUUAAUCCAGUCCUUUCUUCAAAAGUUGCAUGAAUUCCUUGGCACCAGUUCUUACAGAGAUGAGCAAGGGAUUAAAGGGUCACUUGCUGACACUUCCAUGACUAUAAAUGAUUUCUUAUUUUCACUUAACAUUGACAACCUCAACUUAGUGAAACUCCACAGGUACAUCAAAGACAGCAAAAUAAUUCACAAGAUAAGUGGCUAUGGAACUAAACUGGCAAGCUUGCAAAGUCACAAUUCCAUUUGUUCUGAUAGCCAGAAUAAUAGUGAGGAAGGAAGCAUCUUAUCUGGCUUUCAGACAUUAGAUAAUAUCAUUAUUUCACUGGUUCACAAUGAUAGAGAUGGAAGAAUAUUACUCUCAAGACCAAAAUUAUCUGGUCAGAAAGAGGAAGGAUACAUUAAAUUUAUGAUGCUGUCUGGACACACAAUCUUUUCUGAGGUCUUGGAUCAAGCAUAUGGUGUUGUUCUGGCUGGGGGAACACUUCAACCCAUUGAAGAGACAAGAGUACGCCUCUUCCCUAAUUUGUCACGGGAUGAAGUACAUUUCUACACAUGCAACCAUAUUGUCCCUCCAGAGAGCAUUUUGCCUAUUGUAGUUUCGCAUGGCCCAUCAGGCGUUGACUUUGAUUUCAGUUAUAAUUCAAGAAAUUCUUUGAACAUGAUUGGAGAGCUAGGGCGCCUACUUUGCAACCUCGUGGCAAUUGUUCCAGAAGGAUUUGUAGUGUUUUUCUCUUCCUUUGACUACGAAGGACGGGUUUAUGAUGCAUGGAAAGCUUCGGGAGUUCUUUCAAAAAUUUCAAAGAAAAAAAUUGUGUACAGGGAACCUAAAAGUAGUAAUGACGUUGAGCAUGUACUCAAGAAGUACAAGGAAACCAUUGCAAGUUGUGAUACAAUAUUGAAAGAUACUGGAAUCAAUGGAGCUGUUCUGUUAGCAGUGGUUGGGGGAAAGAUCUCUGAAGGUAUAAAUCUUAGCGACGGCAUGGGUCGUUGCAUUCUAAUGGUUGGUCUUCCAUAUCCAAGUCCUGAUAUAGAACUGAUUGAAAGAGUACAACAUAUAGAAGGACUAGGACAAGCCAUACCACAGAGGUGCAACAAGCCCUUUAGGAAUUCAUCUAAUGAUGGACACGAGGCUGAGUCUGGUUUUGGCUUCUUACGAAGGUGCAAGCAAAGAGGAAAAGAGUAUUAUGAGAACUUGUGCAUGAAGGCCGUAAAUCAAUCAAUUGGUCGAGCGAUCAGGCACGUAAAUGACUAUGCUGCAGUUUUGUUAGUUGACUCACGUUAUGCUUGCAGCCAAUUAAGCCAAAACAUGUCACACCCGACGAACAAACUACCACUCUGGAUAAAGCAGCGGCUUGUCUCAUCUACUCAAAACUAUGGUGAAGUCCAUCGGUUGCUGCAUAAGUUUUUCCAAUUUAAUCGACAAAAGCGGCAUACAGGAGGAGCAGAAGCACAGAUAGGACUCGGAUAUUCAUGAUAGGAAAACAGUUUUUAUCAGCCAAACCCACUUCUAUGGACAAAAUACGACUCUGCGGGUUCAAGUUCUGCAUGCAGGUUAAAAUGUGAUAUAUCAUGGAAGAAUAUUGUUUCGACAAGCUGAACACUAGGGCUUUAGGACACGGUUGUAUAAACAUUGGAGGAGAAUAUGUUAAAAGUGUGAUCAAAGACUAUAAUGUUUCAACUAGAUUUAAGUUUUUCAUUCUAUUGAGAAUAAUUCAAUUUUUUUAAUGGGCUAUAAGUCAUCACUGUGAACUUA